AUGCAGAACCUCCAGGAGAGAGACCGGCUGGAGGAAAGGAGUGCAGUUCAGUCCAGCGAAUCCGCGGACGUCCCCCGCCUGUACCCAUCGGGAGUCUCGCUCACUCACCUGGGAACGCUGAAGAGUCAGACGGAGGCGCAGUCGGGAUGGGACAGGCUUGACCAGGGACUCCAUCCCCAUAGGAGGACAACCACAGACACAGGAAGAGCCAUCCUGCAGCUCCACCCAGACCAACGCGUCACCAUAUUGCACGCCAAGGUGGCGCAGAAAUCUUACGGCAACGAGAAACGCUUCUUUUGUCCUCCUCCCUGUGUGUACAUCAGCGGGUCAGGGUGGAGAGUCAAACAAGACCACCUGAAAGCCGCUGGUUUUGGGGAUGCAUGCUAUCGUCUGUGUGGGUACAUGGGUCUGGACAGCUCAUGUCUCCCCCAGGCGGACGCCUACAAGCUGGCCUUCGAGGAGCAAUGUGACCGCAGGAUGUUCGCCUGUGCCAAGUCUCUCUACAUCUCUGACACUGACAAGAGGAAGCACUUCCGCCUGGUUCUGAGCCUCCUCCUGGAGAGCGGACAGGAAGUGGGCUCUUUUCACAGCAACAUGAUCAAGGUCAUCUCCAAACCGUCCCAGAAGAGACAGUCCAUGAAGAACGCAGACCUGUGUAUUUCCUCGGGGUCGAGGGUGGCCCUGUUCAACCGUUUGCGGUCGCAGACGGUCAGCACGCGCUACCUGGCAGUAGAGAAGGGGGAGUUCGUAGCCAGCGCUCGUCAGUGGACCGCGUUCAACAUCACUCUCGUGGAAGAGCCGAAUGCUGACCAGGCCGAUUUCAUGAUGUGUGAGGGCUUCAUCUGCUAUGGCUGUGUGGUUCAGCUGGUCUGCACCCAAACUGGAGUGACCUUGCCCCCUUUGGUGAUCCGUAAGGUCAGCAAGCAGCACGCCAUCUUGGACGUAGAUGAGCCUGUUUCCCAGCUCCACAAGUGUGCCUUCCAGUUCAGAGACGACCGUCAGAUGUACCUGUGUCUGUCUAAUGACAGAAUCAUCAAGUACCAGGCCUCCCCUAGCGAACGGGAUCAGCCAAUCCGAGAGGUGCUGAACGAUGGGUCCUGCUGGACUAUCAUUGGUACGGAGGUGGUGGACUACAGCUUCAGCCAGAGCCCGGCCUGCAUCCAGAACCCUGUCAGCCCGGUACCUUCCAUCACUGGCCUGGAGGUGAAUGGGGGAGGACAUGUGGCUAUGCUGGAGCUUAAUGGUGAAAACUUCAGCCCUCACCUCAAGGUCUGGUUCGGAAAUGUUGAAGCUGAAACCAUGUUCAAGUCCCCCAAGUCCAUGCUGUGUGUGGUCCCUGACGUCUCUAUGUUCAGCGGGGAGUGGCGUUGCCUGAGGCACCCCGUCACCGUACCCCUCUCCCUCCUCCGCCUGGACGGCCUGAUGUACCACAGCACCUACAGCUUCACCUACACCCCCGAGCACCACCCCGCCCCACCCAGCAGCAGGGCCGUGCCGGACGGAGGCCAGGACUCAGAUGCCCUCAUAGACUCCAUCCACCAGGAGUUCACCCGCGUAAACUUCCACCUCUUCAUGCAGAGCUAGGCGCCGCCACGUGAAGCUGUUAAGGGUGUGGGUGGCUGGCUAGCUUGCUAGUGAAGCUUACUGACCCAAUGAGGGCUCGACACGCAUGGAAGGCUAGCUAAUGGGCCUGAAAAACUGAAGAGUUACCCAAGCCAACACUGUUUAGAGUUAAUGACAGUCGGGGGGUUUGAUAAUUCUGUGGAUUAAGGCUAUUUAGAGCUAAAGAAUCACUGCUGGCAAAUAGUGACACUAGCCCAAGAAAAUCUACUCUAAUAAAAUGUUAAUUGAGACAGUCCCUGAGAAUCUGAACGAUUCAACAUUUUAAGUAAGUAAAGAUUAAGUCAGUGGUCAGCCAACAACCUGACUGAUCCUAAAUACACCUUUACAGCUAUCAUCAAUUCUGACCUUUGACCUCAGUCACUCUGCUCCUUCGGUGAGAAGAUUGAUUACGGCUCUGUGCCUGACUGUUCAGUUUGCUCCCUGUGAUAAACCGUCCUGGUGGGAACAUGAAUGGGUAAUGAAAGAAAGCCUCAAAGAGGCGCCACCACCACCACCAAGGAGGGGGACGAGACCGAGCAGAGCAGAGAGCAUCGGAGUGGAGGAGAGAAGAGGAGGAUGAGAAGAGGAGGAUGUUUUUCCUGAAGGAACGAAAGCCACGGUGGAGGCAACUGAGGUUAAAUGUUGUGAGAGAAAGCAGAGUGAAAGGCCGACAGCUCCAUAAUUCAUAAAGCCCAGAGGACCUACUUGUCAUGUGAAUGUGAUGUGGAGGGAUGGAGGGAUGGAGGGAGAGGCGUAAUGUAACCUUGAUUUGUGGUGGGUUGGUUUAGGCAGAGGUUGAGUAUGAAAGGCACUUUGUUGCUUUUGCUGUAGAGCUCUAUUUUCAGGACUCGUUGAUCUGAACAGUAGGCUGGAAUCAGCAUCCCUGGGUCUAACUUCUGGAUAGUUAAUCCUUCUGUUUUGUUUGUCUCUUUGUUUCAUCUACCAUUAAGCAGAGGUUUGGCUCUUGGUUUAAUAAUUUA